AUGUUCGCCACUAUGCGACAAACGAGGGCAUUGGCCUUGCGCGGUAUGCAUAGCAGUGAAACGACCCGCGCGAAAGAGGCGAGAAAACUGACAGGAAUACCUACAGCCAAACCCGUUACCGCGCUGCAGCCGCUACGAGUCGCCAAUGCCGCUUUCAUCUCCUCCUCCUCGAAGAAGCCCGCGCAGGAAUCAUCAGUACGAGCAGUGGGACCAUCGAACGUGAAGGGCAACCCCGGCACUCCGCCGCCCAUGAAGAGCAUUAAGGACCAGACCGAUGUUCCACUUGCCAGCCAGGAAGGAAACAAGAGCAUGGUUCAAUAUGCACUGUAAGAUACACACUUCGGCGAGAAGCGCGUGGCCAUGGAUGCUGACAUUGAGGACCAGCACCACGCUGGACGUGAUCACGAACUGGGCUCGCCAAGGCUCCCUUUGGCCGAUGACCUUCGGUCUCGCCUGCUGUGCCGUCGAGAUGAUGCACCUUUCUACCCCACGAUACGACCAAGAUCGUCUCGGAAUCAUUUUCCGUGCCUCUCCCCGCCAGUCCGACGUAAUGAUUGUCGCUGGCACUCUCACAAACAAAAUGGCACCGGCCCUUCGACAAGUUUACGAUCAGAUGCCCGACCCGAGAUGGGUCAUCUCCAUGGGCAGCUGCGCGAACGGAGGUGGAUACUACCAUUACAGCUACUCUGUAACAAGAGGAUGUGACAGAAUUGUACCGGUCGAUAUCUAUGUCCCUGGGUGCCCACCUACAAGCGAGGCGCUUAUGUACGGCAUUUUCCAGCUGCAGAAGAAGAUGAGACACACAAAGAUCACGAGGAUGUGGUACAGGAAGUAA